AUGCGACUUCGGCUACCCUGGACUAGGCUGGUUACCUCGAGCCAGGCGGUGGUGCAUGAGUUCCGACGGGACCGAGUCGACGGCCAGCCUCCCAGGUUGCAGCUGGACGUCCGCGCCUUCCCCAAGCACUUCUCCGAGAGGCUCGUCGCGGCGAUGGAGGACGAGUUUGACGCGGAAACCUGCCGGCUACAGAGUGCCAGCCGCGCCAAUGAAUGCUUUGAGGUGUCGGGCGCGGGUGGCGCCGUUGACUUUGUGCAGGAAGCCUUGGUCCAGGAACCCGGGCUGGAGGGCGAAAGCGAGACCGAGGAUGAGAAUGAGGAGCCCUUCGUCGGUGAGAUCACGCCGGCGAUCCGAGCUGCGGUUCGUCGGGUACAUGAAGCGACUGGCCACCGACCUCCGAAAAGACUUGCCCGGGCCCUUCUACUUUCAGGAGCGCCGCCUGCUGCUGUACAAGCUGCCCGGGAGCUCCGUUGUGACGUGUGCCUGGAACGCAGCCGCCCUAAAGCUCGAAGAGUCGCUAGCCUACCUGCUCCGAGGGCUGUUGGAGAGCGAGCUCACUUGGACCUCCUCAUUGUCGAGGAUGCGCUCGGGGAGGCCUUCGUUGUCGCGCACGCCACUGACUCUGUGUCUAAGUACCAAUUGGCGGCGCUGAUCCCCGACAAGUCCUCGGCGGCGGUUAUCGACUUCUUGCUCCGACUGUGGUGGCCGAUUCUCGGAGCUCCCCGUCAAGUUGUGGCCGAUCAAGGCAGGGAGUUCGUGAGCGAAGAGUUCCAGAACUUUUGUUCGGCGCACUCGACGCACCUCUGGCACUGUGCCGUGCAAGCUCCGUGGCAGAACAGCCCUGCGGAGCGGUCCGGGGGAGUUUUGAAGACCCUGGUCGCGGCCCUUGUCUCAGAGCACGUGACCAUCGGGAACCGCGACAUGGCCAAUGUUGUGGCGGAGGCGUGUGCAGCCUACAACGCGGACAUCAACGAGGAGGGGGUGUCUCCGUUGCAGUGUGUUACCGGGCGCCAGCCUACCUCCCAGGGCGCUGUGCUGAACAACUUUGCUGGGCGAUUGGCGGAGCACGGCCUGAUCGACUCCGAGCCGUCCUUGCAACAGCGCCUGGCCUUGAGAGAGAGCGCUCGUGUGGGGAUGGUUCGCCUCCACUACUCCAAGGGCAUUCGGCGAGCCGAGUUGGCCCGAAGCCGGGAGCCGGCCAUUCUGCGCCCGAUUCAGGUGACAAAGUGUGCCCUGGAGCAUGUUCGCUUGGCUUCGUCCCUGGAACAACUUUCGGCGGGAGCCUGGGAAGCAGCAAUCAAGGAGCUCACGGAGGGCAACGACACUUCCCUUCAACAGCUUGGCUCCGCGGCGGCCGACACCAUUCCCGAGGAGGAGGCGGAGCUCGUCCACGAGGAGCCCGCUUUGGUUCAGCCGCCUUCCGAGCCCCCUGGUGCAGAGGAGCUGGCGUUACAGUCGACGGCCGCUCCGGGAACUCCUGUCGGUCAGCUGCUUCAGAG